AAUGCUCCAGUUCAAGCUCAAAAAAAUGAAAAUGAACCACUAUUCCUCCCUGCUGAUAAAUCUGAAAGGCCUGCUAAUUCUACUCGAUCUAAAAAAAGAUAUGUUGAAGAUUCGACUUUCCAAGACCUUCUCGAAGAAGAAAGGACUAGUGAUUGA